AUGGACCCAGAUGCUGGGAACCAGAAGGGCAGCAGAGAGGAACUUUUCCAAGACAUGGACCCCAAGGCCCUUGCUGCUGUCCUCCUGCAAGCACUUCAGAUCACACCCCAGAACUCCAAGGAGUUACCCCUAAGCCCCAAACCCAGUGCCAAUGAGGAACGAGUCCAGAGUGAGACCAAAGGCUCUGACGUGCAGCCAGGGAGACAGCAGGGCUGGCAGCCCAGAGACCAGCCUCAAGAGGAGGAGGCAAAGGAAGCUGCUGAAAGCAUCUCUGACGGGCGGGAGAUGGAGAGCCUGAAGUCCAUGCUAAAGGAGCUGCAGCACUACAGCCCCACCAGUAAGAGAGAGGAACCUUCUCACAGCCGCCCAACAUCCCCCUCUGAGCCUUCCCAAGGCACCCACCCUGAUGACAUGCUCAAGGAACUGGAAGAGUACCAGCAACUCAAGAGCAACAUUAAGCGCAAGGCACCACUCCAUGAGUCCUGGGCUGGAGCCCGGAAGCUGAGACAGCAGCAGCACCUUGAACAUCAACUCUUGCAGCGUCGCUAUGAGGAGCUGGCUGAGAGCCGGAGGCAGGCUGAGGAGGCCCGCCGGGCUGCGGCUGAGGAAGAACGCCUGGCAGACAUGGCCUCUGAUCUGCUCCUUCAGUACUUGCUGAAGGAUGGAGAAGAAGAUGAAGAGGGACAGCAAGGGGCCAAUGCCCAGGAGGAGUCCGAGGAAGAAGGAAGCAAAGGGACCUCCCUCCUCUUUGAAGAUGUGGAAGACAAUGUAGCUGAAGACAAGAGGUCCAAUGAGACCCCAGAGGUGGAGGAUGAUGAAGACAUAGACCCUAACACCAUUGAUCGCUUGAUCGAAUUGUCCAGCAAGCUGCACUUGCCCGCGGAUGAUGUCAUUGAUAUAAUUAAUGAUGUUGAGAAGAAGAAGAAGGAGGAGGUGCCUGAGUCCAACAGCAAGAGCAAACUGUUGGUGGCUCCAUUGCACAGCAAGCCCAAGAAGACACCUCCUUACCCCAGUGCUCACCAAGAGGCCCAUCCCAUUCCCAAGGCGUUCUACCCCACUGCCUUUCAGUCUUACCACCACCUCCCUAAGCAGGAGGAGGCUGCCUGGAACGAGGUCUUGAAAGGUAAUGAAUUCCCCGCACCCAAGCGGUACCAGGCCAAGGACAGAAGCACCAAGAUCUCCAACCACAUCAGCCCCCGGACUUUCCAAACUCCAGUCUACCACCACUACCACCACCUGCCUGGCCCCAUGGUGCCACGGGAUGGCUAUUAUGACAUCCAAGCCCAUGAUGAGGACCUAGAGAACUACCUAGAGAGCCUGCUGAUGAAGCACCCCAAAGUUUUCUAGUGAAGGUGGCAGCUGUUGCUUCUCCUCCCACUCCUUCCCCACCCAAAGAAACUUGGCCACUCACAGUGUUUCUGACAUAAAUCUGGGUUCUUGCAUGAUUCAGGAGAACCAAGUCUCCCCACCUAGCGAAAGGUCCCAAUAGACAAUGUCCAGGUGCAACCAGCUACUGGUGGCAUCAAGGAAAGCAAAACCUUCCCUUUCACCUGAUUUCAGACAGCUGCCCUCCACUGGUCAAAGGAGAGCUUUCUUUCCUCAAUAUCCAGUUUAAAGGACCCUCUCCCGUGAGACCAUUCCCCAGAGGCACUGUAAGACCCCUGAAGGAACUGCAGCAAGAGACCUUUGCAAGAGCAAACAGGACAAAUCACAGGCACUUUCUUCCCAGGGCAGCUUCAGGUGAGAAUGCCAGUUGUACCAUGACUCCUUGGAAGCUCUUGGUUAAAUUAACCUUCCCACCCUGUUUGGCAGAACUCUGAUAAAUCCACAUUUCAUAGCACUCCCAGAAAGAAGUUUCAGAAAAGAAUUAGGGGAGAGAAGAGGUGGAGGUUAUGUGCUACAGCCCCCAAGUUGGUGCUGGCAACAAAGACUGCCCGCUGGGGCUGAACAUCAACCUUCCAAAUAAUCUCUACUCACUUACCCUCCCAUGCCCAGGACAAACUCCUUUGCCUCCCUCCCCUCCAGGUUUAGCAAGGCAAACAAGCAAAUCUAGAUCACAAGAAUGUCCAGGAUGGGGUGGGGCUGAUCCUGAAGUAUGGAUUGCAGCCUCGGUCAAUUCCAGUCAACUCUAGAUGGCGACUUUGAGGGGCAGGGGGUAUAUUCUGUCUUCAGGAGACAAGGAUAGAGCAGCUGA